AUGUCCAAGUUUCCCGAAGUUCAAGGUGGUGGCUCUUUGAUUCUAGCUUGGCAGAUCAAAGGGAAACAUGUAUUAGUCGUAGGAGGUGGUGAGGUCGCCGCGGGGCGUAUCCUCAACGUCCUCGACGCAGACGCUCGCGUCACAGUCGUCUGUCCAGCUACUGGACUCAACGAAGAAGUCGCCUAUCGAGUCGCCGAAAAACAAGUUACCCAUAUCGAUCGGAAUUUCGAACCCUCCGACUUAGAUGAUGUGGACAUGGUGCUAUGUGCCAUUGAUGAUCCCGAAGCCUCAACCCAAGUUUGGAAAUUGUGCAAGGAGAAGCGGAUCCCAGCCAAUAUCGCAGACGUUCCACCUGAGUGCGACUUUUACUUUGGAAGCAUGCAUCGGGAUGGACCUCUUCAGAUUAUGGUCAGCACCAAUGGCAAUGGCCCGAAACUGGCUAGUCUGGUGCGCAAGAAGAUCGCAGCUACCUUGCCGUCUAACAUGGGAGCUGCAAUUGUCAACGUGGGAAAGCUACGCAAGAAGCUCCGGGAGGUUGCACCCAAUCAAGAGCAGGGACCAAAAAGAAUGAAAUGGAUGUCGUCGGUUUGUGAGUCAUGGAGCCUGGAUGACUUGGUGGAGAUGACCGAACAUGAUAUGGAUGGACUUUUAUCUCAAUUCCAUCCAGGAAAUGUGCCUACACUGCAGGAGGUGCGCAAUGAUGACUCGUUACAAAAGCUCGCCUUGGAAUGA